AGCUCAGGCUAUUUUAAGGCGCGCGCUGGGCUGAUCGCUUCGCUGUGAGCCCUCUGCUCUUCGGUGACGACUUCGUCCUUCUCCUCCCCUCUGGGGCCCCGCCAGCAUGGGUCCCAGGCCCCAGUCGCUGCUCGCCGCCCUCCUGCUGCUCCUCGCCGUCGCUGGCCCCGCGUACUGCGACACACCUGCCAACUGCACCUACCCUGACCUGCUGGGCACCUGGGUCUUCCAGGUGGGCCCCGUUGGUUCUCGGAGCGAAGUCAACUGCUCGGUUAUGGGACCACCAGAAAAAAAGGUAGUGGUGCACCUUAAGAAGUUGGAUACAGCAUAUGAUGAUUUUGGCAAUGCCGGCCAUUUUACCAUCAUUUACAAUCAAGGCUUUGAGAUUGUGUUGAAUGACUACAAGUGGUUUGCCUUUUUUAAGUAUGAAGAAGAGUGCGGCAAGGUAAUCAGUUACUGCCAGGAGACCAUGCCUGGAUGGGUGCACGAUGUGCUGGGCCGGAACUGGGCUUGCUUCACGGGAACCAAGGUGGGAAGUACCUCUGAGAAUGUGAAUGUGAACACAGCACACCUUGAGAGUCUCCCGGAAAACUAUUCUAAUAGGCUCUACCAAUAUAACCAUGACUUUGUGAAAGCAAUCAAUGCCAUUCAGAAGUCUUGGACUGCAACCACAUACAUGGAAUAUGAGACUCUCACCCUGAGAGAGAUGAUUAGGAGAGGUGGUGGUCACAGCCGAAGAAUCCCAAGACCCAAACCUGCACCACUGACUGCUGAAAUACAUGAAAAGCUUUUACAUUUGCCAGCAUCUUGGGACUGGAGAAAUGUUCAUGGUACCAAUUUUGUUACUCCUGUUAGAAACCAAGCAUCUUGUGGCAGCUGCUACUCAUUUGCUUCCAUGGGUAUGCUAGAAGCAAGAAUUCGUAUAUUAACCAACAAUACUCAGACCCCAAUCUUGAGCCCUCAGGAGGUUGUCUCUUGCAGCCAGUACGCUCAAGGCUGUGAUGGUGGCUUCCCCUACCUCAUUGCAGGAAAAUACGCCCAAGAUUUUGGGCUGGUGGAAGAGGCAUGCUUCCCCUACACAGGCACAGACUCUCCAUGCAAACCGAAGGAGGACUGCGUCCGUUACUACUCCUCCGAGUACCACUAUGUGGGAGGUUUCUAUGGAGGCUGCAACGAAGCCCUGAUGAAGCUUGAACUGGUCCACCAUGGGCCCAUGGCAGUUGCUUUUGAAGUCUACAAUGACUUCCUCCACUACCGCAAGGGGAUCUACUACCACACUGGUCUGAGAGACCCUUUCAACCCCUUUGAGCUGACUAAUCAUGCCGUCUUGCUGGUGGGCUAUGGCACUGACCCAGUGUCUGGGAUGGAUUACUGGAUUGUGAAAAACAGCUGGGGCAUUGGCUGGGGCGAAGAUGGUUACUUCCGGAUCCGCAGAGGAACCGAUGAGUGUGCAAUUGAAAGCAUAGCAGUGGCAGCCACACCAAUUCCUAAAUUGUAGGGUAUGCCUCCCAGCAAUUCCUACUGACUUCCAUCGGUCAUGAGAGGGGAUUGGUGUAUCACAGAUGGAGACGUUUAUAGCAGUAAUUGCAGAAGAUUACGAAUCAAUUUCUAUGAAGAUUUUUGCCUUUAGAACGAAAACUGCGUUUGAUUUGAUUAUACCUUCCCAUUGACUUCUGGCCUACUUUACUAUGCAGGAACAAAAUGCAGGAUUUUGUUAAUAAUUUGUAAUUCAAACAUGCUAUAUUUUUAAAACUCUUUGUGAGAACACAGAUUUAUUUUUCAAUUGUAAAAAUCAAGAAAAUAUGGAAAUUAUUAAAUUUUUUUUUAAGUUUUUAAUCAGUGUUUAGGUGACAUAUAUGUGUGCUUAGCAGUUUUCAUCAUUGGCCCCUUCAGUUAGACUCAUGUUAUUACUUAUGUAAGUACUUAAAAAAUAAGAAUUUGAGUGUAUUUCAACUAAAAAAAAAAACUAUGAACCCUUAUGAUAAGGGCAAAUAAUGACUAACCCUAAAAUUAUUCCCUGGAUGUUUGAUGAACCAGAGGCCAUAGAGAAAAGAAAUAAGGUAUUUUGUUUUGUUUUUUUAAUGUUUAUUUUUGAUAGGGAAAGAGAAGUGGGGGGACAGAGGAUCCAAAGCAGGCUCCACACUGUCAGCACAGACCCCGAUGCCCUCAGACUCACAAACUGAGAUCGUGACCUGAGCUGAAGUCAGACACUUAACCGACUGAGCCACCCAGGUGCCUUUCUGUUUCUAUAUGACAGGGAUCACUACCUCAUCCACAGUGGCAGAAUUUAUUAAAAAUGGUGACUGCAUGGAAUACCAUGAUUCUUCAAGCCGUGGAAUUAAACUCUUAAGCUGUACAAAAAACAAGUUUCAUAAUCUAAAACUUGUUUACAUUCGUGCUAAUUAGAACAUACAAUCAAAGUCUGGUGACAAAUUGAGCUCGCAGAGGAUGGGAACUCUGGCUAACCUCCCCAAAGACAUGUCCAGGAGAACAACAUGUGUUGUAUGUGUGGAGACACCGCCAUCCACAAAGGAAAAUAAAGUUUAGCUGUGCAGCCAAGCACAAGCGAGGCAUUGACUUUGGUGCUUAGUGCCUGGAUAAGCUUUCUGGCUGUGCCUCAUAGGAGCAACAAAGCCUUAGGCAGUUUUCUUAAACCCACCUGUGUUUCAGUUUGCUGGUCUGUGAGGUGGAGAUAACGGGAUAGAUAACCCUGUGUAAGCUCUCCAUGUCUAAACCCUUGCACUUUUCUGUGGCAUGGUUUACUUUAUUUAAGCUUUAUUUAAGCCUCAGCCUUUCAACAUCCCAAGUGGGGAAACAAAAGUACAUUCAGAUGAUGCAAUUUCACAGCAUCCAGACUUGCUCGCUGACCUUUAUUUGACCUCUAACCACUGAAUCCAGGAACUGAAUAGAUGUGAAUAGUAAAGGAUACAUGUACCUACUUCUUAGACCUCCCCGAGGGUUAAAUGCCUUCAUAAUACGUAGAACAUGUAAACAGUAUUUGGAAUGUAGAAAAGAGUAUAUAAAUACUGGAUAUCACUCAAGUCUUUUUCUGAACACAAAUCAUAAAAUGUUUGCUGUGAGGAAACAGCUAACACCUGUUCUAUAAAUAAACAUGCCGUACCUUGCUAUGAGAGUCGAGGAGGGGCUUAUGAGAUUUUUCCUUUUUUUUUUUUUUAAUGUUUAUUUUUGAGACAGCGCAAGCAGGGGAGGGGCAGAGAGAGGGGGACAGGGUCAGAAGCAGGCUCUGCACUGACAGCACAGGGCUCAACUUGAGGCUCAAACUCCGGAACCAUGAGAUCAUGACCUGAGCUGAAGUUGGACACUUAACCGACUGAGCCACCUAGAUGCCCCAAGAUUUUUUUUAAAUUUUAAGGUAGAACAGAAUCUACAGAGGCACACUGGCACAAAGAAACAAAAACCUUCAAAAACGUGAGAUAAUUUAGAUUUUUUUGGUGUAGAGGUUUUUACAUCCUUGACUGCACUGUUGCCUCUGCUACUCCCUCUGUGGAACAGGGUGAGAGACCAUCAUUUGGAAGCUAUGGCUGAGAGAAAAGUCACUGCAAUUCUGAAGUAAAAAUGACUAAGGUUAAUCUAUGGGUGUAAUACGUUGAUUUUCUUAUUUGGGGUUUUCCUGUAAGGAUAAGGUAAGCAUAAUAGUCACAAAACGUUAGUGCUGGAAGGUCACCUGGUCCACCUCUCAUUAAAGUAAAAACAGGCCAGCAGAGGUGAAAUAGCAUACCUGGGGUUCUAGUUAAUAAAGAUAAAUCUGGAUUCCACUAUGUUCAGGGCUUUCUACUGUUCCUGCUGCUUCUCAAUUAAAAAAGGAGAAAGGAAUCUGUGUUGUGAGACCAAUAAACUCACCGUGUUCUGUAAAAUCAUUUCUAAGUUACUUUCCAGCUUUCAGAAAUCUUAUCUCUCUGGGGCAAGUACUCUAAGCUUCAAUCCGCAUGUGGUAGUUUAGAAGCCUUAAUUUAACAGUUGUCCUCUAAAUAUAGUGAUAUUUAUAUUUCUUAACUGUAAUAAAGAUUUAUUUUUGCUCUAAA